AUGAUGAACGAUGAUAGCCAAAUGGAAAACGUGUUUAUCAACAGGCUUGCUACGUUUUCAUCCUCGAACUCUAGAUUCGCAGACAGACAGCUUGCGGAGACAUUCGAGGGAUGCAAAACCGGCAGAGAGGACCAGGAUCUCUCAGAAAAUUAUUUCAGAGGAUUCAAGGGAAAUUUGAUGGUUUCUUGUGACACUGGUGUUGGGCCCGUAUAUAACUCUGCGAGCGAAGUUAGUUCCGCCGACUGGAAAGCUUCUGAGCCUCCUUUGAAUGUCGAGGUACAAAAACUCUUUUUCAGGCCGUUUUAUAUUUUUGAAGAAGCUCAAAAAACUGAAACACUUGCAAAGACUCAAAAUAAAGACAAUCAGGGGGAGAAUUACCCAAAGUCCUACAAGCCAAAUGGCCAGAUACACAUGCUCUUCGAAAACUGCGAGGAAGAAAUUAUAAAUCCGUACUUCUGCGAGAUGUCUUUCAAGUGCUCACGAGAAUUAACAAAAGAAUUCAAAAAUUUGAAGAAUUGCUUUGGACCGAAAAACAUUAGCCCUAAUAAUCGAAAUGACCAGGAUCAGAAAACAGAACCUGGAUUUUCUCAGAUCGCCCUACUUUCCGAGGGUAGACUGUCUGGGCAACGCUGGCAACUAAACGAGCCUGGAUUUGAAUUGAUAACUAAAAGUUCCAAUGUUUGGGAUUAUUCUGCCCAAAGAAGUAUCGAUAUUGAAACAAAUAAAGCCAGUACACACUUGGGAAAGAAGAAAAUAAUUAUGGCUGAAUGUCAGACACAAACGAACACUACUAGUUCUUCCCCCAAGAUGAGUUUGGGAAAUUUGAAUGAUCAAGAGAAAAAUAAAAUGCCACACAAGAUAAAGCCAUGGUGGAAACUUUCGCUCCGGACCAGAGAUAAGACCAUAAAAGUAGAAAAGACGUUGUGGAAAGCGCUUUGUUUGAACGAAGACGCCUUUUGGGACAGGAUAAGAAAAGAUUUUGUGAGUGGCGAAGAGCUCCACCUUAUCAGUGAAGCCAGGGGAAAAUUAAUGUUUGUGCCCGAAUUGAAAGAAUACAUUCUAAAGAAGGAAAAUCUCAGGCAAAACUGUAAUGACAAAGUCCGCACGAAUAGAAGGGUUUUAUUUUCUGAAGAUGUGGAAGUCAUUUUUCCCAAAGAAAUUUUCGAAAAAGAUCAUGUUUUGAUUGCUGCUGGUGUUGCCCCUAAAGGAAUUUUGAAAACAAAUGAUACUAGGCAAAGGCAAUCCAUGGACAGAAAUAUGUGGAGAUGGGUUGAAUUAUGCGAAAAUCAGAUUCACGGAUCAAGAAAAACAUGUGGACUGGAUGAUUUCAAUUCUGUAGCAAGCUUUUUCAAAGACGCUUGCGAAUACUCUUUCCUCAGUUACAUCGAAGUUGCUGAGGAGCAAAGCUUAAAUUACAAUCACUAUUUGGCUCAAAUCAGCAACGCUGUAAAUUCAACUUUAGAUUUAUUGGCUGGAAUUGGAGACCUGUUCACUUUACAUGUCGAUACUAUCAAAGAUGCCGACAAAGAUGGAGAUUCAUUGUUAGAUGCUGCAAAUAGAUCCAAGAAUUUAGUUCAGUCGGUACCCAAAUCUGGUGACUCGAUUCAAUACAUUGAGAAGGCGCUAAAAGUAUUGACAAGUGCCGACUAUGGUUACGUGGAAACAAUGGUCGACAUCGCCAACACCGGGGAAGGCACAAAGGUUGUGAGAGAUGUACAAGAAGAACUUAAGCUACACUCCAAGCUAAUUUUGAUGGGUUUGACCAACUUGCAGUUUGGAUUUGGAGAAGAGAAAUUCCCCCCAAGCCUCAGUGGGAGAAAUCCUAGUGAAUGA